CUCGUCGCUCUAACCUUACUUUAUUAAAUUUUUUUUUGUUCCGUGUUAAAAUAGAAAGAUAAAAAUAUUUAUUGUUAAAAUCUUUUAAUGACUCACUUAAGAUAAGUCUUAUUUACAUGAUAUUUACUGAAUGAUUAUUUAACCAUGUCGGAGCCUAAAAGAGAAGUACCACCAGUUUUACAAAAGCUGCUCAAAUACGAUGCAUAUAUUACUAACCAGUUUGUUACUUGGACUAGAACUAUUUUACCUUUAAAUACAUUUAGAGUGCAUUAUAAAGCAUUAGAAAUUUCUUGUCAUGGAAUACCAUGGUUCGCAUUUUGGAUUGCUUUUUCUUGGUUAUUUAACAACCCCCACUUAGUACAAAUGCAGGUUAAUAUCCUCUUUGGCCUUAUUAUAGACAUAAUAGCAAUAGCGGUAAUCAAAGCCUAUGUACGAAGACGUAGGCCAACAGCAAAUGUAGAUGACAUGAUGGGACAAAUGGGUCCCGAUGUUUUUAGUUUUCCUUCCGGCCAUGCUAGUCGCGCUAUUUUCGUUGCCUACUUCUUCAUUCGACUCUGGCCAGUGCACUUUAUAUUCCAUCUUCCUCUCAUCUCCUGGGCGUUAGGUGUGAGUAUAAGCAGACUUUUGCUCAAUAGGCAUUACAUCGGUGAUAUAUUGGCUGGGUGUCUUUUGGGAGUCCUUGAAGGACUUGUUAUAGAAUUGCUGUGGGUUGAAGAUAGCACCGCUAGAUGGCUGUUUAAUGUUAUUUCCGAUGAGAAGUUAGAUGGAGGAGAUUAUCACGUGUAAAGAAUUUUAUUGUAUAUAGCGAUGUGUGUUUUAUUACUUUAAAACUGAUCGGGGUGUUCUACUAAAAUAAGUUUCCAUUCUUGGUUUUAGAGGUUUGGUUCAUAUUAAUAAAAGCAGAUAGGUAUAGCAUUUUAAAUACUAUGCAUAUCACUUUCAUAUUGCCAUAUCUCUCAUGAACAGGCAUAGAUUGCACUUAUAUGCUUUGACGUUCCUUAUUAAACUGUCGGACCAACAUGUCUUCAACGAAAUAGUACAGGGCUGAUAGGGGUUGGGACAUCGCCUUCCAUCUUAGACGUCAUUUUUGUCCGAAUUGACACAAUUUUAGCUGUAGCUGCCUAAUCCGCAAAAAUCUAUUCAUUUCUGUCUAAUACCCCAAUUGGAAAUGUUUUGCAAUAAUUAUGACUGGAAUUGCCAGAAUUUAUGCCAAGAACUUUUGGUCUAACAUUUUACGAGUAUGUUUUUUUUACUGUUGAUUUCACUUUAUAAUAAUAAUAAUAUCAGAAAAGUGUUGCCAAUUUAAGCAACCAUGUACGGGGUCUAUGUCACAACCCCUUAGAUAUACCAGCCCUGGGUACCUAAUCUUGAAUCUCAGGGACUAGAAAUUUUGAGGGAAGAAUGAGACAAAAAUAUAAAUUUUUUGAGUUGCAGAUAAAGAGAAAAAACCGGUUUUCUACUACAAAAUUAAUUUUUGUAAAUCUGAUAUCGCAACGGUGAGAUUAUACACCUAUGCCUUACACAAAAGUUUCAAGGUCAAAGACUUCUCACUUUAAAAUCGUUUGAUCUUUUUCCAGGUUUCUUAUCUGAGGUAGUCUAUGAUGAUACACACGCCAAAAAAGAUAAAGUUGACUGUAGCAAAUAUAUAUAUAAGAAUGAGAGUAAAUGUAAGUAUAUGGACAGUAAAUUUUUUAUUGAAAAGUAACUGACCGUUACUGAGUAUUUAUAAGUCCUUUAUUUAACAAUUUGCUGAUACAUUCAAUAAUAAAAUAUAGCGCAUAAUUAAAAAAAUAUAUAUAGUAUGAAUAAAUAUCUUGUAAUAUUAAAAGAUUGUGAGAGAAGGUAGAGUUAUUAUAAAAUAUGUUUAAAAUUAGCAAGUGAAUGAGCACUUUUCACAUGUACUGGUCGUUGAUUAAAUGUUUGUAACUUUUAACAAACUUAGUAGGAAACCAUUGGCAAGUAAAUAAUACUUUUAGAACAAGGACAAUGACAAAGAAUACUUAAUACUUCGUUCAGUAGAACACCCUAAAUUCGUUUUACAGUAAUUUUCCUUUUAAUUAUAUUGUUUCUAUUUUUAAUAGGUACUCAAUUUUGAAUUUUUUUUAAACUGCAAUAAUACAAUAUUAGUUUACUAUCUUGAAACAGACUAUUCCUACAUAGUUCUAAGCUAGGCAUAGCUGCGUGAAGCUGACGCCCCAGAAUUUGAAAAUUUAUAUUUUAAAUUUUAAUUCAGUAAAUUUGUAUUUAAAAACGAAAACCACGUUAUACCUAUGUAUCCAAAAACGCUGUCAAAUAUGUGUUUAUUUGGUAUUUCAAAUAUUUAUGAUGUAAAAUAAAAGGUUAUUUUAUUACAAAAAUAAAAAUGAGAAUGACAACAUAUACAAAUAAUCUGUUACCAGUUUAAGUAGAGGUGAGAUUAAUAUUUGUCUGCCACAAAAAUGUACUCAACUUCACUAAAAGGAUGACACACAAAAGAAAGUAUGUAGUGUCAGCAAGUCAUUACACCGAACAUCAACAUAUGUUUUUGUAUCUUGACAUACUACUAAUUUUAUGACGUGUGACAACGUGUCGCUAUUGGCAGCGGAGGAAAAGUACUUUUACUACCUCUGAGAGCCGAGAUAAUUGCGAGAUAGACGGUAAAAACUCGGAAAAUACGAGUUCUAUAUAGAAUUUUCGAUUUAGAAAAAGUGAUUGGGGGACCACAAGGAGUCCGUAUGUUUAGACGUAUAUUUUCUUUCCAAAAGUGGUCAAAGCUGUUGGCGAGUCAUAGUCAUUCAUUGCCCAAAAGCAUUUAAAACCAAAUGUCUCUUGGGGAGAGGGGGACAGCUUCACUUGCCUGUCAGGGAACAUGUAGUUCUACAAUUACCAAACUGCAAAUAAUGAGAAAUCGUAAUAAUUUUCAACCUUUCAAUGAGAUUUUGAUAGAUAGUAAUUAUUUUGUGGGUUGGAAAUCACCAUUACCACAAAAUAGAGGAACAACAGAAAGGAAAGCAUCGGUCGACACUUUAAAGUAGAGAAGAUAGAAAUAUCUGACCUUCAUGUCACCAUAGAGAUGCUCUGAGAAAACUAGUGCACAUGAACAUAACCUAAUCAUUGAAACUACGCUAUAAAAACUACAUUUAUUUUUAUUCUACUUUCACAUUAAUAAGGCGUGGCUAGGCCUAGAAUUUUGGCUGUAAUCAUGUUUCCUUUCUGCAUUGUUCAUCUAUUAUGUGCCAAUACUAUAAAUUAUUCGUCAAUACUCGUUUCAACUUCCAAAAGUUUUAAAAAUUAGUCAGGUCCUAAUAUUUUGUGAUAAUACUGAUGAUUAAGUUAUUUUAUUUAUUACAUAUUAAAAACAGGUAUUUUAAACCAUAUAAUGUAAAUAAUCAAUAAAAUGUUAAAAAUAUGCUUGAUUUUU